UUCCAUAGCCUACCCUGUCAAUUUUUUUGACUUUGUCUAAUACACUCCAAAUACCUUCGUUAUUCUUAUUACAACUUGUAAUAACGCAUUUAUAAUAUAACUGUUGAAAAAUCCUUAACAAUCACAACCCACCUCUCUCUCCCUCUCUUCUCUCUCUCUCUCUCUCUCUGCACCAUGGGAAUUAUUGAUCAAAAGAUCAAAAAGGGAGAAGAACACUUGAUGAUCUCAAAACCCUUGAGGUUGAUUCUCUUUCAAAGUGGUAGACAUGUAUUACGCUCACUCUUCUUUGUCACGGGUUUCUUAAUUGGUGUCUUCCUUUAUCUACAACUAAAAGCCUUCCACAUGUCCACGCCGAAGACAGAACAACCCUUAUGGUCAACAGUGCUAUUCCACCACUCAACAAAGAUGGAGAUCAAACAAGAGUUACAAACACAAGUACUUCUACACGACAUGAGUGAUCAAGAACUCUUCACCAAGGUCUCUUCAUUAUCAUCACCAUCAUCCUCACCAUCCUCAUCAUCAUGGUUUGGAAGGAAUAAUAAUGAUGAGAAGAUGGUUGUGAAAGUGGCUUUCAUGUUCAUGACUGGCGGCGCACUCCCAUUGGCUACUUUGUGGGACAAGUUCUUUGAAGGACAUGAAGGGUUUUAUUCGAUAUAUGUUCAUACUAAUCCAUCUUUUCAAGAAUCUUACCCUGAAACUUCUGUCUUCUACUCAAGAAGAAUCCCAAGCCAGCCAGUGUACUGGGGAACAUCAUCAAUGGUAGACGCAGAGAAAAGACUCUUAGCCAACGCUCUCCUCGACGAAUCAAAUCAAAGAUUCGUCCUAUUGUCAGAUUCUUGCAUCCCACUCUUCGACUUCACAACCAUCUAUGAUUACUUAACCGGCACUAAUCUCAGCUUCAUCGGCUCAUUCGACGAUCCAAGAAAAUCCGGUCGAGGCCGUUACAACCCCAAAAUGUAUCCACAGAUCAACGUUACACAUUGGCGUAAAGGAUCACAAUGGUUUAGUACAACCCGUGAGCUUGCUCUUCAUAUACUCGCAGACACUUUUUAUUACAAGAUAUUCGAUCAGCAUUGCAAACCGCCUUGCUACAUGGACGAGCAUUACAUCCCCACUCUUGUUCACAUGUUCCAUGGAGAGAUGAGUGCAAACCGGACCUUGACUUGGGUGGACUGGUCGAGAGUCGGUCCACAUCCUGGCCGGUUUAUAUGGCCUGAUAUCACCGAUGAUUUUCUUAACCGUAUCCGGUUUACAGAGGAGUGUGCUUAUUAUGGCCGUGAUGGGGAGAAUACUACAACUUCGAAAUGUUUUUUAUUUGCGAGGAAAUUCACAGAAGAUACUUUAGAACCUUUGUUAAGAAUCUACCCUCUAGUUCUUGGGUCUGGUCCGUAAUAUACGGUCGAUUACUUAAAUGUUUGUGAGUUUUUUUCAGCAAGUAAAUAUUAUACCGAAUUUUAACCGUUCAAUAAAACGACGGUUCGCCUAAA